AUGAUGUAUUUUAUGUACUCGUACUGGCUACCCGUACUUGCGGGAGUAGGCCGGAAAAUCGUACCCUUUAUAUACUCACGUACUUGUGGAUUUAAGUUGUCUCAUUAUUUCCUAUAUUCGGCAAAAAAAAGCAAACGAGGCGGAGGUGUUGGUGUGUUCAUAAAGCAUGACAUCAAAUAUGUUGUAAGUGAUAACAGUGCAUUUGAUGAUGAAAAUGUCGACGUUCUCUGUGUGGACAUUGAAUCGGAGCAUGCUUCAUCUAGGGCUAAUGUUGAAAAUUAUAAAAAGUUUAGAAAUUACUUUACAUCAGUAAAGAGAAAGGCAGAAAAAAAUUAUUUUCAACAAAAAUUUGAAGAGGCAAAGAGUUGCUCCAAACAAAAAUGGGAAAUAAUAAACGGUAUAAUGAAUAGAAAACAAAACAUUCUUGAAAUUAAUAAGCUAAAAGUUGACGACAAAAUCAUCGAAGACCCAGAGGAAAUAAGUAUUCUUUUCAGUGAAUACUUCAUCAAUGUCACAGAGAAGAGAAGUAUUACGAUUGUUUCGUUAGAGUGA